AUCGACAUACUUCUUUUUUCAAGUUUUAUUUAAACUUUGCAUACAUUUUGUUGUAUUGGAUGAAUAUAAUAUACAAUUUAAAUCAUAUUAGUUUUUAUUUUUAUAAAUUAAUAAAAGAUUAUUAAUUUAUUAGAUAAUUCUUUUAUUUUCUUCGUUCCGCCAUCUGUUUAAAGAAACAUAAACUACAAUGAAUGAUAUUUACAUGUGAAUUGUGAUGCCAUCUAUUUGGGUAUUAAAACAAUAGUUCGUAAAUAUAAUGGUAGAAAAUUGAAAAUACCUGCUAUAAGUAGACCCUGCAUUAUUUUGACGUACUUCUUUUUUCGAUGUCAUAAUAUGUCAUUCAUUUUGUUGUACUAAAAUUAAAACCUUAUGUAUUUAUGAUAAGUACUAUAUUGACUUGUAUUUAAAAAAAUAUAGUGUUUUUCGGAAUCGCGUUUUGGAAUGAUUGAAUUAGUACCUUAUGUAGUGACUCAUAAGUUUCAUAUUGACUUGUAUUAAAAAAAUAUAGUGUUUUGCUGAAUCGCGUUUUGCUUUUGGAAUGAAUUAAUUAGUGCCUUAAGAUUUGAGACAUAAGUUUCAUUUUGACUUGUAAUAUAGGGUUUGGCCGAAUACAUGGUUUGAAUCCGAUUCAUGUACGAUUUGCCCGAUUCAGUCACAUCGGCAAUAUAGUGUUUCAGAAAAUAUAUAGAUGCCGAAUGUUUUGAUAUAUAGAUUUUGAUAUUACUGCAAUAUAUAGAUUUAAUAUCUAUAUAUGUUUUGUAUCGUCCAUACCUAUUAGAAACGGCUAGCGUAUUGCACGUGUACGGCUUUGCCUUUCAACACUGACGCGAUCGCUAACAUUAAUCUUACUUUCUGUGUUUAUAACCGUUUUGUGCCCGUUUAAAACUUUUGUGUUUAUCAAUAAAUACUUUAUUUGUUUAAUAAAAUAACUCAGUCUUGUGUAGAGACAGUUUAAUUUAGUGUAAAAGUAAUUUAAUUUGUUACCACAGAAUACAUAGUUCUCUAUUCCGUGUUUGUUACGGUCAGUUAUCGUGGACUGGCACUUGUGAUUUUGUGUUUCGAACUGGAUUCUGAUUGGACAUUAGAUUUGGAACUUGGGAGAGGAAUACAAAAACGUUACAGAUAACGUGGCCAUGUAACCCUUAGCUAAAUCAAGAGGACGGUAGCUUCAUCACAUAGUUGCUUGUGAGGCAACGGAGUCGCCAAACUGGAUUCCCUUUGAGUUCACCGCCAUGGAUUCUGAGAGUCGAAGCGAGUCGGCUCUCAACAGCCCGACCGAGCCCGACAUAUCGUUGGCAGCCUCUCUCACCGACCCCCUGGAGGCACACACCCUCGAUGAUGCUCGAAGAACCAUCAGAGAUCUUCGCAUGAAAUAUCGCGCGCAAGCCCACCAACUUCUAACAUGGCGCCGCUCACAACGAACCCAGGAAGAACUAGUCACACGUUUGCAACGAGAAAAGGCUGAACAACUUAAAUCCCUUUCCAGCCAACUCCUCUUAUUCGAAUCUCGAUUGGUUCGCAAACAGAAGGAGAUCACCAACAUGCUUGCCUUACGAGAGACGAUCAUAAUUAAACAACAAAAAGUAAUAGAAUCCCUUCAGUGUAAACUACUCGAUAACGGCAUUGAUACAUCGCAAACGAUUCCUGACUUCAGAGAUAUGUUACAAGACACACACAUCACAGGUGACUUUGAUUCUCUAAACGAUUCCGAUUCUGCUGUCAUAAUGGAAGAUGUCGAUUCAGAUUGCAGUAAUCUGCCCAAUGUGCCAAGAUUUAGAUCAGCUAAUCCAGAUAGCGUUACCAUAGUUCGAUCGAUCUCAGAUGCUAUAGAUCCAAAUUUGAAAUACAACAUCGUCAGACGUUCCAACGGAUUUCUGCGAAGGCCAGAAAUUUUAGAAACAGUUUACAGCGUCGAGGAAGAAGUGGAUGGUGAUUCAACAAAAGGCUUGAGCGCACAGAACAGCACUGAAAAAGAAUUAAAAGAUUUCAACAAAACAGACGAACAAAAGUAUAAAGAAACGAGCCUUCUGGCACAGAGACGAGAUAAUUUCCGCAUGAGAAGUGUAGGAUUAACAGGGGAAGUGAAGAGUAUUGAUAAUGAGAAACAAGGCAAGGCCAAGAGUAACAGUGAACUGUGGUCGUACAGUUAUGUGCCAAAAAGAAUGAUGCCACCCAAUGACUCGGAUGAGGAAGUAACUUCUAACCCAGAAAGUGAUGAAGGCGAAACAGAACCGCGGCCAAACCACGUUGUCACUUACAACAGAGUGAUGUCAAACCACAGGAAUGUAACUAAACCGAAGGACGUUAAGUACAAACGCAUAAAUAAAGCAAAAUCUAAAAGCCUGGAAGAAUUGCGAGGAAGAUUAAAGAACUGGGUGGAAAAAGGAAACAAGCUGUCAGACAUGCCGUUGGAGCACGCUCAAAGCUAUGCCUGAGUGAUUUUAUCGAGUUCCUUGAUUUAUCUUUGUGUGGAAUUCUCGGAGAAUGUACCGCUUUACUUGAAGUCACAAUGAGAAAUUCUCAAAGCUAUAAAUUACGUCAAAGGUCCACGUGACGGCUUUAUUCCGCGGAAGAUAAGCGCAUUUACAAUUAGAUUUAAAUGUGACGUCUCUCACGGCUUGUCUGCAUUUUCACCAGAAAUGUUUUAGUAAUUGUAGAAUGAUAUAAUUCUUUCCUAAUAUGCCAAACUGUGUAUUACGAGGCUUGUAUAUCGGAGUCAAAUUAAAAGAUUUGUAAAAGAUAUUUUAAUUAAAAGUAUUAAUAGUGCGUAGAAGAAAUAAAACUUUAAGUAUAAUAGACAGCUUUUAAUGUUCAAAAAUAUUUGGAUUAUUUAUCACUGUCCUAAAAACUGAUAUUGUGGACUUUCAUGGUAACUCGCACACAUAUACACUUGUUAAGAGCUAAACCGAAACAGAAAUAUUACAAAAUAAACAAUAAUAUAUUUUGAAAUCCUUUUCCAUCACACAUAUUUUUACAAACACUUUCUAUCUGUAUACAGUUUAUUUCUACGUGUAGAUGUAGGUAAAUGCAUAUUAUUUAGUACAGUACGGCAUAUACCUAUACUUAAAAUAUGAUUGAGACAAAUCAAUACAAAAAUAUGUCCCUGGUAUACUUCAGUGGUGAAUAUAAAAAACUAGAAACUAUAUAAUUGUUAAUUAAUUAUAAUAACCUAUUAGUAAAAUCUGAAACUUUAAAUAAGUAUUUUACCGAUUUUCUUGCUGUUAACAAGAAAAUAUUAAAUACAUAUUAUGCACUAUUCUUGAUACUUGAACUGUUGUAAAAAGGUUUCUAUACGAAUUAAAGUGUUGUGCAAAAUAAAUAAUUAAUAAAUUAUAUUCCAUGAUAAUAUCUGUUAAAAUUGCUUUAGAUAUUUCAAAUAUAAAUGCGGUUAUUGAAGGAUAUUUUUUUUUAUUUGGCAUAUAGUUGAUGUAGGGUUGCCAUCUAUAAAUGCAGUAAAUCUGGAAAGCUUAUUGUCUUGCCCUAUCAGAUUGUUUAAUGAAAAAUUUGUUGUGUUAUAUUGAUGUAUAAAAAACAAAUUAUUGAAUUUAAACAAAGCUUUAUAACUAUGAAUAUAUCACUGAAUAUUUAUAUUAAAUCUAAAAAAUCUCACACAGCCUAAUGGAUAUUGGUAGAUUAAAAAGUUUUGUUCCAUACAUAAAUUUUCAUAAUGUUUUGCUGAAAAUUUAGUAUCUACGAGCUUUCUAAGAAACAUUAAAAUUUAAUGAUCAUUUAGAUUAAAAAUACAUAAUUUGUGAUUAAUGUUGGGUUGUGUAUUAAAUAUAACAUUGUUCGUGUUUAAAACAGUUAUAAAUUAUAAUAAGGACUAAGUAGUUUAUUUUAAAAAAUGAAGACCUUUAUGUUUAUUUUUUUAUGUUACUCUUUCCUUAAAAUGAAUGGAAAUUGACAAAUAUCGUCAAAAAGAAGUUUUUUGUUUUUUUUUUUAAUAAAUUAAGAAGUGUUUUUUUUAUUCAAAAUUAUGCACGACUGAGCUUUUUUCUCACACUACCUAAGGUUUAAUUUGGAAUUGAGAUCCUGUGAUUGUUAAUUAAUACUUUCGUCUCUUGUCUUAAUUGUAAGUUGUAUAAAUACAUUUAAGUAAUUUUAAGAAAUUUCUUAAUAAAAAAAUACCUAUUUAUUAUAAUAUGUCGGUGCCAAUUGUUAGUUGUAAAUCUGGUUUCCGCUAUACCUACAUGGUUCAUAAAUAUAUACAGGUGAUAUUACUUAUUUUAUUAAUGUGAAAAAUCGUUGCUUAGUCCUAAACUGUACUCAAAAAAAAUUAUAGGACAAAUUGAGUGUAAUUAAAAUAAUCUUGAUCAUUGGUUUUUCAUAUACUAUAAAAGAAUAUAAAGAAUUAUAUUAUGAUGUUUAUUUUACCCAUUACUUGAAAGUUCAGUUUUAUAACUAACUUCUUAAACAAUCAAAAUUAAUUUAAAACAAUUAUUAUUUUCAUUUUGUAAAACUGGUCAUCUAUGUACUGUCAUAUGUAAAGUUACUGGUCCAGUUAAGUUGUACCUAAAAUAAAUUAUAUCACCUGUAUAUAUAACAAUUUUCAACUAUAUUAUAAUAAAUGAUAAAUAAUUAAUGUCCACAUAUCAUACAUAAAUAAUGCUGUACCACAAAAUGCUUGAAAAAAAUAUAUUUUAAUAUAAUAUACUACGUAGGGUACCUAAAGUUGUACCUAAAUUAUUACAUGUUCUAUUCCGAUUAUAUCUCAAAAUGCUGAAUAAACGAUUAAAGACAA